GCCUUAGACCCCCAACCGGCCAAUUCGGUGUCACCUCCGCCUUUCUUCUAACCACUAACUAUUGCAACUUGAAUCUCUUCCGGGCAUCAAUACGGAAACCUUCCGGUAGCUCCGCCUAACGCCAACCAUUCGACUGACCUGACCCACUAACCUAAGCAAACAUCAGAUGACUAAUAGCCUAACAAGUUACAACUCCUUGCUAGAACACGUAAAACUAACUACAGGGCUGCGGCUCUUGAUAUUCUAUUCUAACGAGUAUAGUUGCUGAUCUACUAGGUACGGAGUUCCCAAGAUGUACUAGGUAUCUACGGAGUACCUGGUCUCCAUUCACAUCGCUCACUCAUAAUGUGGGACCCACACAUCCAAAAGUCUGGAACAGCUAUCAGAUUGGUAGUGGCUGCUAUCUGUUCCGCUGUGGUGGCAGAGUGGCUGUCGUCAAGGCAAUCAGAACUUAUUUCUGAACUCCUGGCUUGGCUGCUGUUACCAGUCAUCGUUGAGGUCUUCAAGCGAGUCGCCGGCAGCAACAUUUCAUGGCAAGCCCCUAUUGUCGGUAUAGAGUCCUCAAGUCCUACAUCACCAUGUCUACUCUGGAUUAUUGCCGCAAGUGUCACAACAUCCUCAUACUGUAGGGCAGAUAAUAAUAUUGGUGGAUCUCUGUCGGCAUUGAUCCCGUUUCUCCUAAUAUGUCGGGAUAACUCGCAACCCAAGUACUCGGGAUCAAAACUGUCUAUUUCACAGAUUCGACACCCCGAUAACUCGAUAUGGAGGACAAUUUUGCCUACUGCUAUUCCUAUUCUGACCCUAACAGAUUGGAGUAUGCGGGGGAUUGCUUUGUCUCUAUCCCCAGGUGUUCUAUUGUGCGUCUUAUAUGCCGCCAUCGUAUACUCGACUCCUACAGAGAGCCACCAGUCUAAUCAGCUGGUAAACAUUGAUGCCAUAGCUGACUCCCUUUCACGGCGUGUUGCCGCCAUCUUAUUCAUUGCUCUAGGGGUGCAAGCUAUCGUAUUCAGCUCUUACUCCUACAACCCUACCCAUGUGUUAUUACUAGCUCUUUUUAAGGGGCUUUCUUGGUAUUUUUUGCUGCUUCUGAUUCAACAUGCCCCGUGGGGCAUUGUUACCGCUAUAAGAACUUUUACUAUUAUAUCCACUCGUGACCCGGCGAUAGAAUCUUCAGGGGCACAAGCGUUGUCUCAUGCCAUCGCGUCUCUUUUCCCCCUCGGUCAGACCAUUCAAAUUAUUCCCAAGAAUUUGAAAGCUAGGUCGGGCCUUUGGGUACUUUUACUUAUCCCUCUCAUCCCGUACUUGGCCAACAUCAUCACAAUCACGGCCGCGAGCUCUGGAGCGGAGAAUUUCAGCAACUUAUAUGAGCAUCCCGUUGAAGACUUGGUCCGAGACGCUAAGAUAGACUUUGAAAACUUAUUGCACAAACAGUCCAAGACCUACGCGGCCGCCCGUGAAGAAUAUCAACGGAGAUAUGGAAGACCGCCACCGCCCGGCUUCGAAGCCUGGUACGAGUUUGCAAUUUCUCACCAGUCGCCUAUUAUCGACGACUUCGACAUCAUCAACGACGCGCUCUCGCCGUUCUGGAAGCUUGGCGGUAAACAGGUCCAGCAAAUCAUGAGAAAUGUCCAGAAUGUGCCGAACAAUGAGCUUUGGUCUUGUAAAAUUUCUCGUACUGCCGCUAAUACCGAAUGUACUCAUCCUUACCGCUCGUACGAUAGACAUUUUGGUCUACUAUUUGAUACUCUGUUGGGUAGUGUGCGUGGUAAACUACCCGAUGUGGAAUUCCUCGUGAACCACCUUGACGAACCGAGGGUGCUGAUUCCGCCAACACCAAACGGUGUUCUUCCCCACAGCAAAAGGCCUUUCGAAUUCACACAGCUAUCAAAGCAGCCGGUCUGGGAUGUAGUCACCAAGUACUGUGAAGCCCAACGAAGCCAAACAGAUACGGGAUUCACGAAUAUAGAGAAGGCCCACGGUCUUCCAUUCGUCACCCGCCCCUCUUCUGCUAAGGAUCUAUGUAUACACCCUGAGCACAGCGUUAUGCAUGGCCUUACCACCAGCCCCUUUUCCUUCCGCCUCAUCGAAGGCCUGGUUCCCGUUCUCACGACAGGCUCACUUUCAACGAUGGGUGACAUCCUUUUGCCCAGCCCCGCCUACAUCGAGGACGAGUUCAAGUACGACGAGCAGCACGACGUCGACUGGGACAAGAAGCGGAACAACCUCUACUGGGCCGGUUCCACCACCGGCGGUUUCGCAAUGGAUGACAACUGGCGAUCUUUCCAACGACAGCGAUUCGUCACGCUGGCAGAGAACCUAGAAAAGCAGCAGUAUACCUACCUUCGCGAGUCAAACGGCGCGGCGGGCCGUGUGCUCUCGUCCUUCCUCAACGGCCGCCUCUUCGACGUGGCGUUCACCAAGAUCUUCCAAUGCGAGAGCAAACACUGCCGGGAGCAGAGCCUGUACUUCAACACCAAGGGCUGGGCAGGCAAAGACGAGGCGCUGAAGUCGCGCCUCGUGUUCGACCUCGACGGCAACGGCAUCAGCGGCCGCUACUACAAGCUGCUGGCGUCCAGGUCGACGCCGCUCAAGCAGACGCUGCUGCGCGAGUGGCACGACGAGAGACUGGUGCCCUGGGUCCACUACGUGCCCGUGAGUCAGAGCUUGGAGGAGCUUCCGGAGCUGGUCGUGUAUCUCACAUCGACGGAUAGGGGGCGGCGGACGGCGAGGGAGAUUGCGGAGCAGGGCAGGGAGUGGUAUUACCAAGCCCUCCGAGAGGCUGAUCUGAGUGUUUAUGUUUAUCGGCUGGUGUUGGAGCUGGCGAGGUUGCAGGAUCCUGGUAGGGAGGCAAGUUGAGAAAUGAAACUGUAUAGUUAUGAUCUGUAUAAAUAGAUCUCUAGACCCAGCUAGAGCUCGGGGCGUUUUUAGUACAUACCUACUUACCUAGGUUAGGUAC